AUGAGUGAUAGGAAGCGAGGAUUCGAAGGUAAUGGGGAUACCAAUGUGGCGAAGAAGUUGAAAAGCGAUGCUACUGCGAAUGGAUCAGGUUUUGGCCCAGCCCUCACUCCCGAGGCUCUCAUAGCCCAGAAGAAAGCAGAGAUUGCUGCCAAAAUAGCUGCAAUGAAGAAGGGGGCGUCGACGCCCAGUUCUACCCCGUCCACCACUAUUGCAAGUCCAGUCGUGCCCUCCCCCCGUGCCGCGUCCCCGUCCCCGUCUGGGACGGAUGAUCUCGCACGGCGUGUUGCAGAGGCUAAACGCAGAGUGGCCGAUGCACAGAGCAAACUGGCUGUAAAAGACAACCCUUACAUGACUCUUCCGCAGGCAGGAAAGAAGAAUCGUCCUGUUGAGCCCGCGCAGCAAGGCGCGGGUCUGAAGAUGGCAGCUCACCCGCUGCUUCUGGACAAUUCGACCCCCGCGCCGCAGUCAAAGAAGGAUAGGUACAAGCCUAUGCAGCCAAAGUUUGCUUCCAUCAAGGCAAACGUACGCAAUGCUCCUACGCCGCCGCCGCCCCCGACACCCAUUGCCCCGAUAGAGGCACAGGCGAAUCCGUACGCUUCUGGGGCAUCCGCACCACCCGAUAGUGGAUUCGAGGGCGCUCCAAGAGAGCGUGUGGGUAGAAGCUUCAGGUUUAAUCCCAAGGGCAAGUACGUCCAAAUUGCAAACCAGGUGCGGCAAGAGGCGCAGCUGGAGCAGCUGAAGCAAAGGAUUGCGGAGAGUGCGAAGAAGGCGGGAUUGGACACCGAAUUUGAGACGCUCGAGAAGAACAUCAGGCGAGAGCCUCCGCCUGCAGCAGAGUGGUGGGAUGCGGCCCUUCUUCCAAACAAGACAUACGACGAUCUGAUCCUUGGCUUAUCCGAGAUGAACAUCCGAAACGCAAACUCACCAAUCACGAUGUAUGUCCAGCACCCUAUUCCGAUCCCUGCUCCGGGUGACAAGAAUAAGGUGGCCAUGAAACCAUUGAAACUGACGAAGAAGGAGCAAAAGAAGAUGAGGAAGCAGCGACGUCAGGCCGAGCUUCAAGAUAAGCGAGACCGGAUAAGGAUGGGUCUUAUUCCUCCAGAUGCGCCAAAAGUGCGUCUUGCUAAUCUAAUGAAAGUCUUGACAUCGGACGCCGUACAAGACCCCACACGUGUCGAAGCAAGAGUGCGGCGAGAGGUUGCCAUGCGCAAACAUGCGCACGAGAAGAUGAAUGCCGAACGGAAGCUCACCGACGACCAACGCCGAGAGAAGAUAGAGAAUAAGAAGGUUGAGGAAGAGAAGAGGGGUAUUUAUGGUGCCGUGUUUAAGGUGAAGACGCUAUCAGACCCGGCUCAUAGGUUCAAAGUGAGGAAGAAUGCCGAACAGAUGAGUUUGACUGGCGUCUGCAUUUUCAACUCGGCAUUCAGCAUGGUGUAUGUGGAGGGAGCGGCGAAAUUUAUACGUCAGUACAAGCGGUUGAUGCUGAAUCGGAUUGCGUGGACGGAGCCUGCGCGGGAGCGCGGCGGGGAAGACGUAGAAAUUGACGAGGGCGACGAAGGUGAUGGCGCAGCCGACAAAGGGAAAGGGAAAGCUGCUGCGCAGAGUGAUGAACCGGAUGGUAGUGUCUCGCUGGAGGACAAUCAUUGCUGGUUGAUUUGGGAAGGUCAGCUCAGAGAUAGGGCGUUCAACAACUUUAAGCCGAAAAGCUGCCCUACGGAUGCAGCAGCGAAGGAGGUAUUGGGCUCCAAGCUUUCCGGGUAUUGGGAUCAAGCCAAGAACUGGAAGCCGGAGGAGGAGGAGCUGUUCUGA